GCAUGGCGGCGUUCGGGGAGGUCGGCGAGCAGCAGAGGAGCAGCGGCGAGCAGCGGAGGAGCAGCGGCGAGAAGCGGGACAUUCUUAGGCGGUGCAUGGUCUUCCUUGAAUGGGCGGGAGAUGCUACGGGUACGCUGGCGUUUCUUUGGGCGACGGUGGUUGUCCUCGGUGGGUUUUCCAUACUCCUGAAGCCGGGCGACUUUUGGUGUGCAGCCACCAUCAUUCUCAUUGAGGCCUUCAGGAUGUUUACAAAGGGCAAUACAUUGAGCAAGUCCUUCUUCGAGACUAUGUGGGCCAUCAACUCCGUGCCGGUGCCCAUACGGCGCUGGUUACUCCAGGAUCGGACAGUGUUUUAUACUACAUUGGUUCUUACCUGCUUAUCCGAGAGGAUCAUCACCUACUGUCCAUUCACACUUCGUGGAUUGCUUAGAAUUGCUCUGGCUGUAAUACUAAUCUUCCUGAGGUUCAUACCGUUUCGUGUACCUCGGCAGCUGCGUCACAAUCAGGGGCCGGUACUUUCCUUUCUGCUUAUUGUGCUCUUUAUUCUAACCGGACGAGCCAUGCAUAAGCUCGCAGAGCGAUUGUUGCAGUCCACCUAUGCAUGCGGCGUGCAGUGCCCACCAAAGGAGCAGGCAAACAUGCCGUCGAAGGAGCAAGCAAAUAGUAUGGAAAAGCACGACCUCCUGGGUCUUGCAGUUCCUCAGCAAGGAACACUCGGUUGGGUUGCAGCCUCGUGUGGUUUUGCAGUUUGCCGGGGUAGGUUCCUGCAAUGA